GCUUUAUUCUCAGCUACUUCAGCGCCUUCCUUCUUAACUAGCUUUCUCUCAGCGUACUCGUUGUUCUUUCCAGGGAUCUCCCUAAAUCAAAAAAAAGCCUUAACACCUACCCACAUCAAUCAUGAGCGACUUCGAGAAACUCAUCAAGCUUCUGGGCCAGACCGACGGCCGCGAUAAGAUCUAUAAGUUCCUUGCCGGUUUCUUCAAGAUCCUGGCCGCCGUUGCCGCCCAGAGCCAGGACUCGCGCGCGAAGGCCUACGGCGCCAUCGGCAACUCCAUCGGCAGUGCGCGCUCCCUCAUGCGUAUGGGGAAGUUCAUCGGUGAUGUGCCGAAGCUGCAGAAGGUCGUGGACACCGUCGUGGCGAAGGGCGUGACGGGCACUGAGAUGAAGAAGUACAUCGAGUUCUUCCGCACCCUCGGCAACUCGCUCUACAUCCUCGGCGAUAACGUCGCCUUCAUCGCGAAGCACAAGCUCAUCGCUGCCAACGCGAAGGUGGCCACGAAGUACGCCAAGAUCGCCCAGUUCUGGGGCUUCUUCCUCGCCGCGGUCCUCGACCUCAUCGCGUUGCGCGCCGCCCUGCAGAAGCGCUCCUCGGACGAAGCCACGAGCAAGAAGGAGGCGAAGGCCGCCGUGAUCAACCUGACCAAGGAUGGCUCCGAUGUGCUCGUGACGAUGGCCGCCGUCGGCUACCUCAAGAACGUGUGGCACCCGUCCAGCAUCACCGCUGGCGCCCUGACCUGCGUGUCCGGUGGUGUCGCCACGUACUUGAACUGGAACAAGAUCAAGUAAAAUGGUCAUGUGAGAGGGGCAAAAAAAAAAUAGGCAACACCGCCGCUUCAUCCACUUGGAUGGCUGUGAUACACUUAAAAGAAGGGAAGAGAAAGAAGAUAGGCGGCGUGGAGGCUGACCCUUUUUCUUUCGUAAGGGGUGUGCGUUUUACUGUGUGCGUGGUCUGUGAAAGCCCGCGUACGUGCGUGGGUGCAUUUCGAGAGUGUAUGAAAGGAGGCAUGGCAACACAGUUUCAGGUGAUCCCGGGAACAAGCAUCGCGACGACACGCUGAAUGUGCACUGUGACUGCACGGCGCUGUUUCGGGCUUUUUGUCGAAGGGCAUUGCCUUUGCUAGAUGCUGACACCUCUUUUCUUUUUGUCGUGUUCGCGCUAUCCAAAAAGGGUUGAAGACGAAGCCACGAGAACUGGGAGGAGACAACGGUUCUUGCGUGUGGGUGGCAUGGGCUGUUCUCGGCUUUCUAGUUAGAAAGCCGAAAACUCCUCUCUUCGCUUUUUUUUUUUUACCCCCUCUUUAUAUUAAUGAUCGCUGACUUGCGCGCUCUUUUCCCUUUUCUUUUGUUUUUGUUUUCUUUGGUGAUAGUGUCUCACAUGGUGCUUCCAGAAAGCAAUGUCAUCGAUGAGGUGUUUUAACCAUUCAAAAGAUGCGCUCGUUUCUUUAUGAAAAAAAAGUUUUUCUUUCUUCUUUUCAUUGUCUUGCGGUCAUGGAAGACAUUCAUGCUCGACGAGUGCAGGGAAAAUAUAUAAUAAUACCGCAACAGCAAAAUGAAUAUUAUUAAUCAAACAUAAUAUGAACGUGAAUCAAAAAACCAGUUGUGCUUAAGUGUUCGAAUUUUUUUUUUAGGGGAAAAGGUGGAGGAAUUGGUGAGUGGAGCGGUGGAAUCGGCGGAAGAAGAGGAAAAGAGAGAAAUGCGGGACGAAAAUGUAGACACAAAUAACAACAAAGCACACACACACACACAGAGGUUGUCACGUCUCGUCACGCAUUUCGCCCUCCCCUUUCUCUUUCUUUGACUUUGUCUAGGGUUUUGUUUUGUCAAUAUAUACGCACACGCACGCAGAAAGGCACUUCUCGCUUCCUCUUUUUUUUUUCUAUUCUUAUCUAUCGUAGCUGUGAUGACGAAAUAAUAAUAAAAAAGAAGAAGAGAAGAACGGAGAAAGAAGGAUGCUGAUAUGAGCUGCGAGCGAUUGUGUGCUGACGUGUCUUCUUUUUUUUUUCUUCUGUCUUUUCCACCAUUGCUGCUCCCUCUGCGGCCCAAAAAGAAGACAUAUAUAUUUCUAUAUAUAGAUGAAC